AUGCCCAUUGACCAAGAGAAGCUAGCAAAACUUCAAAAAUUAUCUGCUAAUAACAAGGUCGGCGGUACACGUAGAAAGCUGGCUAAGAAAUCUACCGGCGGCAACAACUCGAAUAAGGAUGACACCAAAUUACAAAGUCAACUUGCAAAAUUAAAGGCUGUCACUAUUGACAAUGUUGAAGAAGCCAAUUUCUUUAAGGAAGACGGUAACGUUUUGCAUUUUAACAAGGUCGGUGUUCAAGUUGCUCCUCAACAUAACACCUCGGUUUUCUACGGUAUUCCACAAGAAAAAUCCUUGCAAGAAAUGUUCCCAGGUAUUAUUCCACAAAUGGGCUCUGAGUCGAUUGAGGCUUUGACUCAAUUAGCUUCCCAAUUGCAAGCUACCAAGCUUGGUGAAAACGCUGGAAAUGCUAAAGAUGAAGGUAAGGAAGACGACAUUCCAGACUUGAUUGAAGGCCAAGGUUUUGAAGCCGACGUCGAGUAA